GGGUACCAUGGUGAGUUUAUCUACAAUCACACUGAGGGGUUCACCCGCCCGGAUUACGAGGGCCGCAUCGUCCUGGUCAGGGACCCGCGGGGGAGCCGAACGGCCUCGAUCCGCAUCAACCGGCUGUGGGAGUCGGACGCCAGCGAGUACAUCUGCCACGUCAGGGUGCAGAAGAACGACGGCGAAUGGGAGCAAUGGCGCGGUGUCCCUGGGACCCGCCUCACGGUGACAGCUCCCAGCCCCACGGACAGCACGCGGCACCCAGAAAUGGUCACACCUGGCGCAGGGGAUGCAGAGAGAACCGACCCCCGGCGCAUCGACACCGUUCACCUCGUCAUCGUCGGCCUCGUCCUGGUGCUUUCCAAUGCCGGCGUCUCCGUCGUGGUCUUUGCCCUGGGCCGGCGGCUGGGCUGGGAUCACGGCCCAGAGAGCGUCACCGGGCAGGUGUCAGGGAGCGACGCACUGUCGGCAUCAGGAUUCGAACUCACCUCCCUGGUGGAGAGCUCUCUGCCAGGCAUCCCCAGGGAAUGA